CAGUACAUUGGGUGUGGUGUUUGCUGCGGCACAGCGUAGUCGACCUGUUGUGCCAAGGCGUGGAGGUCGAUAAAUCGUCUACGGGCGUGUGUUACCGAGCACGUAUUCGGUGGUGUUUUGGCCUGUUAGUGGGCAGCUUGUUUGAUCUCUGGGUACUUUAGGUACCGUGUUUUGCAACGUGUUAGGAUUAAAUUAUAUUUAUUCGGAGUGCUCUGUCCGGGUCCUUGGACUUCGGGUUUAGUAUCCCCAUACCUCACUGGGUAACUCACCUGUUACUCACCCCUCAUUUGCCCCCAUGCAGGUGAGACUGACGAGUAUAUGAUAUUUGGAUGGAUUGGUGCUACUGGGCUUUAUUUCGGAUUUUUAUUUGGGUUUAGGGUGAGUGGAGUCGUGUAUAUGGGUUAUUAUGCUAUGAGAUAUUGUUGAUGGCACGCUGUUCUCCAGAUAGGAGGUGACGGGUGUCACAGGUGGUUCAACCAAAAGAAGCACAUGGGAGGCACCCUCCCUAGUAUAUUCGCAUCAUGUCUUUACUUGCCUCGGAUUCAUUUCAAUUGUCUUCCCGUCACGAUUUUUCUCACGAAAAUAAAAAUAAUCAGACCUAGUUUCGCCUUUUUUUGCUCUUGUGAUAAGUAACGUUCAACCACAUCGUAAGACACUUAUUUUAAUUGUUUGAGCAUUCAAAUAUUUCUCAACUUUUUAGAUAUGUUAUGCUGCAUAGUUUGCAAAAAUUCUACAAAAGCAAUGACCAAUGAUAAGUUGCAAUAGAUUGAAGAUACUGUAAGAUAUAAACUGCGAAGUUUGGUGCUUCGCUUACAAAGCCUUUGGUACAAGACAAAGGCCAUCUUAGACAAAUCCAAAAGAUUGUGUUCAUUCAUUAAUGUAUUGAAAGCAAAACGACGUCGUUCUCAUAAUUAGGAUAUCAAUGAUUAUUAAUUAGCCUUUAAAAAAAGCAUUUGCUGUGAGAAAUCUCAAGGAACCAAUGAAAACAAGCCAAAUAGAAGUAAUUAAUUUAUUAUAAAAUGGUAAGAUAAACAUUAAGAGAAUAAAUAAAAAAAAAGGGAAGAAGAAACUGAGGAGAGAAUAAAAACCUUCCCCCACCGUCUUCCUUCUCCAUCCUCUCCUCUCGUCCUUUGAUCUCUCUCCUUCGAUAAUCAGGAGGCUGUUUCUGCAACUAACUAGCAUUAUGAGACAGAGACAUAUAGUGACUGGCUUCGACAUGGAGCAGCAUUCUCAUCCAGACACCCCACACAUGAACCCUGUUCCUACUUUCUUGCAAGAGCCUUAUGACAACAACUCUAUGCUUAACGGUCUUCCACAGUAUCCUCCUCCUCCCCCUCCUCAUCACCAUCAUCAUCACCAUCAUCAUCAACGUGCUUCCAAUCUUGGUCCUACCAUGUCAACCCCACCAAAUCUCUACCUCCCUUACGAGCCUCUUCAUGCUCAUCCCUUAGCUCUUGGAAGUCAUGAGAGUAAUCCACAUUUUAUGGGCCAUGGAUACAAGAGAAAGAGCGACGAAGUUAUUAUACCUGGAAACUAUCAGUAUCUUACUGAACCAGCACCACCUCCGGAGACAGCGCCUUUGGCAUUCCCACACUAUGCUACUAAUGCUUACCCACAACCAAUGGAUCAGCGAAGUGUGAGGAGCAGACUAGGAGCAGUCACAAUGGAUCCUCCUUACUCUCAAGGAAACUAUCCUUUUCCACCUCCUGCCCCAAUCUGGUAUGACCAACAUGUUAAUGACAACAACACGUCUGAUGGAUCAUCAUCCUCUUCGUAUUGGCUCCAACCACCCUCUAUACCUUUUAUGCAUGGUAAUGGUAAUGCUGCUCCGAGGUUCCAUGAAGCAUCUAGUAGCAGAAACGAUGUACCAUUUGCGUACCCUACUCCUAACUACUUUAGCCAUCAUCCGGCACCUCCUCCUCCUCCUCCCACCUUAUACCCUCCUCGCAUGACGUCAGCCUCAUACACUGUUCCCAUGACUAUUCAUGAUGCUCCGUACAGAAACGUGGGGCCGGUUCAAUCAACUGGGCUGAGGAUUAACCGGCAACAUCCUCGAGAUGGUUUUUCUCCUGCAGCGAGUCUUAGACACUAUGGACUGCCUCCUCACCUUAGAGCAUUCCCCGCUUAUGAAGAUGCAUUUUUCGUGGAAGGAGAGUUCUUCGACGAUGAUGAGGUUGAUGAUCAUCAAGACAUGCGCUUGGACAUAGAGGACAUGUCAUAUGAGGAGCUUCUUGAUUUGAGCGACCAUAUUGGAACAGUGAAGACUGGCUUAUCAGAAGAAACCGUUAAAGAUCUUGUGAAAAGAAGAACCUACAUAUCCACCAGAAUCAACCUGGAGGAAGCUCCAUCUACCGAUCUAGAAACAGAUUCUUGCACCAUAUGCCAGGAAACCUACAAGAACCGAGAUAAGAUCGCAAUGCUGGACUGCAAGCACGAGUACCAUCCAGCAUGCUUGGAGAAGUGGUUGGUCAUCAAGAACAUCUGCCCAAUCUGUAAAUCAGAGGCACUGGUCAUGGACAAGAACAAGGAACGAUAAAGGUUAUAACAACUUAUAUGGUUUUUGUUUUUUUUUUUUUUAUUAUAAGAGAAACAGAGUCAAGGCAAGUUUCAAAGCCCCAAGUUCUGUAAAAAAAUGCACUUAGCUUGUGUUACAAUCUAUAGCUAAGAUUGGCUUAGUGACUAUAAAAAAAAACUGUACAUGCUUUCUUUGGUUGGCCCCUGAAGUUUUUUAUUUUAUGUUCUUUGUU